AUGGAUAAACUAUUGGUAGUAGACGGCGAUUUCAAAGCUGAGCUACGUCGCCACUUUCCGAGGGCCGAAGAUUUUGGGAGAGCUUUCCCUUUACACGCACUUAUAGAGGAUCGGCGUGCCGUAAUGAAAACUCACCUGGCUUAUUUGCGCGCCGGCGCCCAGAUAAUAAGAACCAACACAUAUUACGCGACCAAAGAUGCUUUUGAGAAACAUUUGAAAUUAACUUCUCCUUUCGAUUACACGGAAUACUUACAUGGAGCUGUGAAUUUGGCCAAGCAUGCCGUGAAAAUAUACGGCGAGGAGACGGGAGAGGAUAUGAAUUCCGAAGAAUAUAAAUCACGCCGACCUUUAAUAGCGGGCUGCUGCAGCAGUGUUAUGGCUUCGCUUUACGACGAUGAGAUUAAAAAAUUCUAUAUAUGUGAUGAGGAAGUCAUUGAUGAUAACUUGAUGUAUUCGCCGGAUUAUUUGCUGUUUUUUCACAGUUGGCGUGUAUAUGAUUUACUACAGGCCGGCGUCGAUAUAUUGUCGUUCGAGGCUAUACCUACUUUUCGUGAGGCUAUUGCGAUACUUAACGUGCUAAGGUAUUAUAAAACAAGAGCCCGCGCUUGGAUCAGCCUUCUUUGCCCCGAGGACGCAAAAAUAGUGAGUCGUGUAGAUUUUCCAGUGGUGGCUGCGCACUGCUUUAAAACACUGCCCAAACAAAUUAUCGCGGUGGGUGCCGAAUGCGACUCGCCAGGGACAAUGAUACCCGCGAUUCGGAGCCUGAACGGCUGUUUAAAAGAUAAGCCGUGUAUGUUAUAUACUAGCAAAUAUGUUGCACCUGGUAAAGGAAACAUUGGCGCAUCUAGCAGUAGCGCGACGUUGCAACAUGGUUACGUGCACGAAUGGUGGGACGCCGGUGUACGUUACAUUGGAGGUGGUCCCGACACAGUUGCGGAGGACAUACAACAGAUUCGCGAACAAGUGGAUUAUUUCUAUCAGUCGACGGACAAGUCCUUCCUUUCCAGAAAUCCAUGUUCAUAUCGAAAUAAGAAAAAUCUCUCCAAACUAUAA